GGCGUUCGAGGCCGCCCGUGAAAAGGGUCUGGUAUAAAUAGAGCGCUCCCUCAGUCUCUGGCCACAUUCGAACACGAGGCGCCAUCGAGAUGUACGCGAAGGUAACUUUGAUGUGUUUGGCAGCCGUGGCUUUGGGCCGCCCUGACAAGCCAGCUCCUUCUGGAGGAUAUGGAUAUGCCCCACCCGCCCCAACAUACGCCCCACCUAAGCCUUCUUAUUCAGCAUCAGCCCCGUCUUACGAAAAACCCCAGGAGGGGAUGCCCUUCGACUUCGAGUACGCAGUGAAGGACCAAUACAACGGUCUCGACUUCGACCACAACUCCAACUCAGACGGAAAGGUCGUCAACGGUCAGUACCGAGUCCUCCUCCCCGACGGUCGCACUCAGAUCGUCUCUUACACCGCCGACUACAACGGGUACCAGGCUGAGGUCACUUACGAGGGCGAGGCACAGUACCCAGAAGCCCAGGCCUACAAGCCAGCUCCCUCCUACAAUGCCCCAGCUCCCUCCUACAAUGCCCCAGCUCCCUCAUACAAUACCCCAGCUCCUUCCUACGGUACCCCAGCGCCUUCCUAUGGUACCCCAGCUCCCACUUAUGGAAAACCAAAACCCUCCUACGGUUGAUAGACACCUUCUUCCCUCAAGACGUCGAUUAUAUUUAUGCGUGAAUGUGAAAUUAUCUAAAUAAAAUAUGACGA